GGCGCAGAGAAGCCGACCGCACGACCGACCGCCUUCAAGCCAGUGCUGCCCCGCUCCAGCGCCAUCCUCCACUCCUCCCCGGAGAACGGGGGUCACCUCUCCCAGCAGCUGCACCCCCCGGACAAAGCCAAGGAGCAGGAGCUGAAGCCGGUGCUGUGCUCGGGGGGUCUGUCCGACUCUGGCAGGAACUCCAUGUCCAGCCUCCCCACCCACAGCACCACCAGCAGCUACCAGCUCGACCCCCUCGUCACGCCCAUGGGACCCAUCAGCCGCUUUGGGGGCUCAGCCCACAACAUCUUGCAGUGCGCCAUCAUCCAGGACAGCAACAUGAUGAGCCUCAAGGCCAUGUCCUUCUCUGACGGGGGUAACAAGAUCCUCAACCCCGGCAAAGCCCCCCACCAUCACGCUGCCGAGAAGACCACUUGCAUCCGUUCGCCCAUCUCCACGGAUGAGUCCACCAUCCAGGAGCUGGAGCAGAAGCUGCUAGAGAGGGAAGGAGAGCUGCAGGAGCUUCAGUCGAGCUUCGAGGAGAAGGAAGUCAGCUCCUGCCAGGCUUACGAAGAGAAGCAGCGGCGCUGCAAGGAAGAGCUGGAGGGCCUCAAGCAGAAAUGCAACAGCAAGCUCAAGCAAACCUCGCAGAAAACCCAGCGGACACAGCAGGUCCUCCACCUCCAGGUGUUCCAGCUGCAGCAGGAGAAGAAGCAGCUCCGGGAGGAGCUGGAGAACCUCAUGAAAGAGCAAAACUUGCUGGAGACCAAGCUGAGGUCCUACGAGAAGGAGAAGACCAGCUUUGCCCCAGCACUGGAGGAGACCCAGUGGGAGGUGUGCCAGAAGUCUGGUGAGAUCUCGCUCCUGAAGCAGCAGCUGAAGGAGUCCCAGACGGAGCUCAACACCAAGACAGCCGAGAUCCUCAGCCUGAAGGCUCAGCUGAAGGAGGUGAGGGUGAAGAUGGAAGGGCUGGAGAUGAAGACCCAGGACCUGGAGGGCUCCCUGCGCACCAAAGCCAUGGAGCUGGAGGUGUGCGAGAACGAGCUCCAGCGCAAGAAGAACGAGUCCGAGCUGCUGAGAGAGAAGGUGAACCUGCUGGAGCAGGAGAUUGUGGACCUGCGGACGGAGCUCGCCAUCCUCAAGGAGCAGCUGAGCGAAGCCCGGGAGGUGGCCAGGCCCUGCGCCAUUGUGGACGAUGCUCAGGCCCUACAGGGAGAGGUGGAGAGGCUGAGGGCAGAGUUGAAGGCUGAACAGGACAACAACGAACAGAUGACCUCCAGCUUCCAGCACGAGCGGCAGACGUGGAAGGAAGAGAAGGAAAAGGUGAUUCACUACCAGAAGCAGCUGCAGCAGAGCUACCUGCACAUGUACAAGCGAAACCAGAACCUGGAGAAGAUGCUCCAGCAGCUCGCCGCGGGGGAAGACGGCAAAGACCCCAUCGAGCUGGACAUACCUGGCACCGACGUACCCUACGAGGACAUCAUCGCCACCGAGAUCUGA